AUGAGCGACUUCACACAGGCUUUGUCUGUCUGGAAAGACAUCGAUCUGUCUGAACUGCAAAAGUCGCUGGAUACACAAGGUCUAGAGAUCGUUGACAACCAAAAGGAGAGCGUAGUGGGUCGCAAGUCACUUGCGGACAAGACCAAGGAUUUCAAAAAGCUUCCAGAAGAAGAGAAACCAGAGGCGUUCAAGGGGCUACUAAAAGCGUAUCAGAAUGAGAUAGAUGCCCUUACUAAACGAUGCAAAUCUUCGGAUAAUGCGUUUCUUGGGGUCUACAAACUCUUGGCUGAGGCGCCAGACCCCUAUCCCCUUCUUAAUUCUGUGGUAGACAUGAUGGUUAAAGUGUCCGAUGCUGAAGAGAGGCAGGCCGAACUCAAAAACCUUCGAGAAGAAAAUGCCGAGCUCAAAAGACAGGUCACAGACCUAGCCGACGCAAAGAAGAAGGCAGAUACUCUCGAGGAGAAGAUGGAUACCAUGAUCCAAAGUCGAAUUUCGCAAAAAGAGGCUGAACUGAAUGCAACUUACGAUGAGAAAUUGAAAAACUACGAAGAUCGUGAACAAGACUUACAACGACAGCUGGAUCUUACGAGAAGUCAGUUGAAGGACCUACGCGCAUCGCAUGAUACCAGCCAGGCUAAACUAUUGGACCACUCCCAGCGCCAGGAUCAAGAGGUAGACGCUAAGCUCGCUGAGAUGGAUCUGAUAUCUGCAGAUUUGGAAAGAGCAAAUAGUCGUGUUGCAGCCGUUGAGCGUCGAAACGAGAUCCUACGUGCAGAAAUAGAAAAUCUCAGAACAGGCAGCGACUCUGUACAGCGUACUCAGGCACUUGAAGCGCAGCUUGCUGAAUCGGACGCCGAGGCACAACGUUUAAGGCUGGCGUUCGAGGAACUCAAGAAAUCGACAUCUGAAACUAUCGUAGCUGCUGAAAAGAAGAUUGCGGAGCUCGAAAAAGAAGGAAGGAUCAAGGGAACCGAGACCGAUAAUCUAAAGAAUCGACUCAAGCAAUACGCAGAUUACGACGAGAUAAAACGUGAGCUGGGGAUCAUGAAGUUUGUUGAAUUUGGCCAAGACGACGAUGACGAAGCUCCAAUGCCUGAUCCAAAUGCGGAUAAGGCAAACCUACAACAAGGUCAAACGCUUGAGGGCUUACUCAUGGCAAAGAACCGAAAAUUGCUUGAAGAGCUUACCAAAAUCAGGGUCGCUCACUCGGAGCUCGAAUUGUCACUUCAAGCUGUCUCAGAAGAGGUCAUCCAUACUAGGACAGAGCUAGAGAAGCAAACAUCUCUCAACGAGAGAUUGGAGAACGACCUCCUGCAGAUUAAUCAGCGCGCUUCAAAUGGCCCCGUUGAAAAGGAAGAAACAAUCCCCAGUGGCCAGGAAGGUCUUUCUGGAUUAAACUUGGGCCGAAAAUCUACCAACCUAGAGCACAGCGCAACACCUCAGCCAGAUAACUCAAUUCUUCCCAUUGUAACCAGUCAGAGAGAUCGCUUCCGUCAGCGUAAUGCCGAGCUUGAAGAGGAAUUGCGAAAGCAGUUCGAGAGCAUCACAGAGCUUCGCAAUGAAAUCAAAACCCUGCAGUCGGACAACAUGAAGCUUUACGAGAAAGUACGCUACAUGCAGAGUUAUCGCGACGAAGGAAGCGCGAGUUGGUCAAGUGUGACGGCGCAGGCGAACACUGAUCUAGGGAAGUACAGAACCAUGUACGAAGACUCACUGAACCCGUUCCAAGCUUUCCGAGGACAGGAAGCAGCUCGUGCGGCCCAGGACCUAAACGUGAUCGAAAGAACCGUCCUUGUUAUCACGCGACAAGUUCUCGGCAAUAGAAGGGCUAGAACUGCGUUUAUAGUAUAUGCAUUCUUCCUACAUGGCCUUGUCCUAUACACCACAUACGAGUGUGCAGGCUCAUCUCAAAAAUCAGUGCAUGUCCCCUCAGGGAGCGUUCAUAUUUAG